AUGGAGAACCACAUAAAUGGAAAUGCGCCUAGAAAAGUGUGGACGACCCUCAUCACAAACACCAAAUACCUCUCAGGCCUCCUCACGCUCGAAUACUCCUUGAAGAAAGUUGGCUCCAAAUAUCCUCUGGUCGCACUAUACACAGACACAUUCCCUUCCGAGGGCCUCGAAGCCCUCAAAAGCAGAGGCAUCCCGGCGAAACCUAUCCCUUACCUCCUCCCCUCAGUCCCCAAGGAGUAUGCCAACGAUCCACGUUUCUACGACUGUUGGAGCAAGUUGACUCCCUUCAGCCUGACCGAGUAUGACCGCGUUGUGCAGCUGGACAGCGACAUGAUGGUUUUGAAGAACAUGGAUGAACUGAUGGAGCUAGGGCUGGAUCCGCCUGAGAUGGACGGCGAAGGAAACAGGGUAUACGCAGCCAGUCAUGCCUGCGCGUGCAAUCCCUUGAACAAACCACAUUACCCGAAACAUUGGAUACCGGAGAACUGUGGGUUCACUUCCCAACACAACACACCAGACGACGCCCAGAUCCAUGGGCCACCUCCCACCGCGGGGAUAGGGUCCCCCAACGGCGGCCUAGUCGUAUGCAAUCCUAGCCAGGGCAUCUACAACAAGAUCCUGGAUGCCAUGAAAAACGGCGACUUGACUUCCAGCUAUGACUUUGCCGAUCAGAGCUUGCUCGGCGACCGGUUUUAUGGUCGUUGGGUCGGACUGCCAUACAUUUACAACGCUCUGAAGACGUUGAGAUGGGAAGGAGUCCAUGAUGCAAUAUGGCGCGACGAUCAGGUGAAGAACGUGCAUUUCAUCCUGAGCCCGAAGCCCUGGGACGAGAAACCGGAAGCCAUUCAGGACGAAACGCACAGAUGGUGGCACCGGAUAAACGAUGAGAGAUUGGCGCAUGAAAAGUCUGUUGGGAUCAAGGAUGGAUUUUAG